AUGAUUCACGAGUCUCGUCCGCAGAGGUCGUUCCCGAGCUCCACGAGCUUCAGAGAUGACCCCGUGAUGUUUGGGCGUUGGGUCGCAUCGUUUAUUUUCCCCUUGGCUGUUUGGGCGCUGCCCGACCUACGCGAGCUGAAGGGAACCAAGGUUUUCGACUUGACGGUGACCUGGCAAGAGCAUGCCCCCGAUGGCGUGUCAAGACACAUGCUCCUGGUCAAUGGCAAGACGCCAGGGCCUGCAAUCGAAGUCGAUCAAGACGAUUGGGUUGUCGUCAAUGUGUGGAAUCAGUCGCCGUUCAACACCACGGUUCAUUUUCACGGCAUCGAGAUGAAAAAGACGCCGUGGUCUGACGGUGUGCCGGGAGUAUCACAGCGUCCCGUUGCUCCCGGCUCCAGCUUCACGUAUGCCUUCCAAGCCACGCAAUACGGCAGUCACUGGUAUCAUUCUCAUGCCCGGGGGCAAAUCGAGGACGGGCUGUACGGACGUGUCCUGAUACACCCGCGGCCGGGGACGCAAAAGCCAUUCCAGAUGAUAUCCGACGAUCCGCGGGCUGUGCGACGCAUGGAAAAGGCCGAGAGGGCGGCGCACGCCCUGAUGGUGAGCGACUACAUGCACAUCACCUCGGAGGAGAAGUCGGUCAUGACGCCGAGGGCGGGGGUCGAAAUCAGCUGCUACGACUCGAUUCUCUUCAACGGAAAAGGCAGAGUGCGAUGUCUGCCGGUGGCCGAAAUGACGGCACACUUGAGCCCCGUGCAGAAGGCCGACUUGGCCCUGGUGCCGGGCCAAACCCUGACGGACAAAGGCUGCCUGCCCGCCAUUGUCCUGGCUGCGUUUGGCGGCAACGUCUCGGCAUACAACGCCAGCGCGAUCCCGCCGGGCGUCUACCACGGCUGCAGGGAGACGAGAGGCCUCACCGAAGUCGUCAGAGCGCCGGGGCACGGCGCCGACUCGUGGGUCGCCCUGGACGUGGUGGGCGCGGUCAACUAUGUCAGCGGCGUCGUCGCCAUCGACGACCACGACAUGUGGAUAUACGCCGUGGACGGCUCGUACAUUGAACCGCAAAGGGUCCAGGCGCUCGCCCUGUCAAACGGCGAGCGAUACUCGGUCCUGGUCAGGCCCACGAGGCCGGGCGACUUCCAGAUCCGCUUCCACGCCAGUUCCGCGCCGCAGAUCAUCGUCGGAAACGCCAUCCUUCGCGUGCCAGGCCUCGUCGUGAACCCGCCCGAGCCGCGGCAGUACAUCGACCUGGUCGGCAACCCGUCCUCGCCCGACGUCGCCUUGUUCGACCAGGCGACGGCCCGUCCGUUCCCCGCCGAUCCCAUCGCCCGGACGGCGGACGCGCUGUACGUCCUCAACAUGAGGCUGGACGGAUCCUCGUACCGCUGGGCCUUGAACACCACGGGCCUCGACCCGGCGGUGCUGAGCGACACUGACCCGCCGCUCCUGCUCAGCCCGAACGCGACGAGGUUCAAAAACGCCACCGUCGUGACGAGAAACAACACGUGGGUGGAUCUCAUCCUGCUCGCCUCCGAGUUCCCGCAGCCGCCGCACCCCAUCCACAAGCACGGCGUCAAGAUGUACCGCAUUGGUUCGGGAACAGGCCCUUUCAGAUGGAAGUCGGUGGAAGACGCGCGAAGGGAGAUGCCGGACCGCUUCAACCUCGAGAACCCGCCGCGGCGGGACACGUUCGUCUCGAUGCCGGCCCGGGACAGCGAGAGCUGGAUUGCCGUGCGGUACCACGUCACCGACCCCGGGGCGUGGCUGCUACACUGUCACAUUGAAAACCACAGGUCGGGGGGCAUGAUGCUGGUGAUACUCGACGGCGUGGACGCCUGGCCUGACAUCCCGCCGGCAUACCGAGAUUACUCUUGA